AUGGCCCGCCGUCAACGACAACAUUCGACAGUACCAUUACAUGUAUCGACAUUCACGGUAACAUGUGCUUACAUGUGGGUUUGUAUUUUAAAAUCACGGGCAACCACUAGGGCGGACGAGGAUGACGAAGAUGAUGAAUUGGAUCACUUCGUUUUCCUGGCAGAUUGUCGAGAACGUUUGGAUCCGCCCAUACCCGCAACUUAUUUUGGUAAUUGCUUAGCUAUUUGUACUGCGACGGCAAGACAUGGUCAACUAAUGGAAGAAAAAGAAGGGUUUUUUGUAGCAGCAGAGUCUUUUGGAGAGGCCAUUGCCACAAGGCUUCACAAUGGCGAGCCGGAGGGAGUGUUGAAAGGUUCCGAGACUUGGUUCUCGAGUUUUAAAAGUUUGAAAUGGGAGCGAGUGAUGUCGCUAGCAGGGUCACCCAAGAUCGGCCUCUACGAACCGGAUUUUGGGUGGGGGAGACCCCGGAAGAGCGAGAUUGUUUCCACAGAUCUUACGGGGGCCUUCUCCAUCAGUGAGUGCAAGGAUUCGCAAGGAGUUGUGGAGGUUGGUGUGUCCUUCCCAAAGAUCACAAUGGAUGCUUUUGCUUCGAUAUUCGUCCAUGGCCUUAAGCUUUUGUAA